CCUUGUAUUAUAUUAUUCUAUCAAAAAAAUUAAACCAAGAUAUUACAAUUUUUUAAGCAAGAUCUAAUAAUAUUUUCUUAUGAACACCGUAAGCAAAAUCGAUUGAUUCUCUUUUAUGUAGAAGCUACCAAUUGGAAUUGAUUUUGAAUUGAUUUCUCAAAUUAAGUUUGAGCAGUUGAACGAACGAACGUGCAACGAAACAGCCUAGAAUGGUGGUUGGCGGCGGCGGCGGUAUAAUGAAGCUGAAGCCAUGGCAGCAGGCGGCGGUGGCAUUAGGUUCGGCGGUGGGAGCACUUUUGGAUCCACGGAGAGCUGAUUUGAUAGCUGCUCUCGGUGAAACAACUGGAAAACCUGCCUUUCAAAGGGUUCUUCAAAGGAUGAAAUCUUCCCCUCAAGGGAGGGCUGUACUGUUGGAGCGCCCUCGUGUUAUAUCUGCAAAUGUAGGACAUGCUUGGGACCUACCAGAAAAUACAUUUGGUGCUACCUAUGCUAGAUUUAUGGGAUCCAGGAACUUUUCCCCAGAUGAUCGACCUCCUGUGCGGUUUAUGGAUACAGAUGAGCUAGCGUAUGUUGCCAUGCGAGCUCGUGAAGUCCAUGACUUCUGGCAUACCCUUUUUGACCUUCCUACUAACUUGAUUGGGGAGUCAGCACUCAAGGUAAUCGAGUUUCAACAGAUGUAUCUUCCUAUGUGCAUGUUGUCUGUUGUAGGGGGCACAGCAAGAUUCAGUGAAAAACAGAGAAAAUUGUUUUAUCAGCACUACUUUCCAUGGGCUGUUCGUGCUGGUGCACAGUGCACUGAUCUCAUGUGUGUAUAUUAUGAGCAGCAUUUUCAUGAAGAUUUGGAAGAUGUUCGCAGAAAACUGGGAAUUGUUCCGGUUCCUGCUGUUCCUUGACUGAAUGCAUUUGGAGCCGAUGAGUUGUAUUUGUUUUUCUGGGUAAUAGCUGGUGCUAGAGUAGUGCAAUAAUUUUUUUUAAAUGCAACAGCUGUCUCCUGAUAUUUAGUCUGAGUUAUGUAUAGGUUGAAUUUUAUCAAUAACUGUUGGAA